UGUCAUUUUCUGAUUGUUAGAUAUUUGUCAUGAAUGGAAAAUGUUCAUUGAUGUUUUUCAGGACACAAUCACGGAUUAAAGAAGAGAAGGUUGCUGCAAAACCUCAAAAUGCAUUUAAACAUCCCAGGGAAUGUGAGAGUUCUUCAUCCCAGAAAAGGCAGAAGAUGGCCCUGUUGGUAAGGAAACGAGGAAUAGGAGAUGGCCUUAUUGGAGGCUCUGCCACGUCUAAAGAAAAGAAGCUUAAGGUAGGAGUUGGUAUUCCAGCCAGCCAACUGGAUUCUCGGAUUGAUGACUUCACUGGCUUCAGCAAAGGUGGGCUGAUGCAGAAACCUGGUAGAAAUGCACUUGUAGGAGUCAUCAUUACCAGCACUUUCUCUGCAGAUGACCUAAAAGUCACAGAAAUACUCCCUUUUUCAAGAAUCCAAAAAGAUAUUAAUGCUGAAACAGAAGGCAAAUUAAUGAAGGAAAUUCUACAUUACUUUGGAGAAAACGUGAAAAAAAAAGUCAAAUUGCCUGAAGGACUGCAAACACCUGUAGAAGUCAAGGGAUGCUAUUUUGAAUCCAUCAUCAAGGAAGCAGUCAGGUAUAUGAGCGGACACUUAAUUCCGCACCUUGAGAAGAAACUGGAAGAAAUGACAUGUGGCUACUUGUCCAAGAAGGAACAUCAGACCCUAAAUGCAUAAUCUCUUUAAUGAUUGAGGAGGAAAGAGGAUCAAAUUGCUGUUUUCUACAAUCGAGCAGGAUAUGGCUGAGGCCUCCUAGCAUGUGUUAGUGAAUAAAAUGGCCUCCCAGAGGCUAAGAAAUUUCUGUCAGUAAAAGUUGGUCUUUUUCCCUAAGCAUUUCAUUUGAAAGGAUAACUUGUUUGUUCGUUGGUUGAUUUUCCCACCUGUGCUGGCAGAUAUUAUUAACCCAUUAAGUAAAUACUAUUACAGUCGUGGUUUCUGUAGCAGCCCACAUUGUGGUAGCUGGUAUUUAUAACUGCCUUCUUUCACUCCCCAUUUUUCAUUUCCUUUGCCUUGAGAUAGCAUGUCAGCUGGUCAUGGUGCCUGGCCUGGCAGGGUGACUCAAACCUUCAUUAUGAAGAGUCUGAACCAUUAGAUGUCCUGCCUGGAUGGGGUUGCUGUAAUUUUCCAUUAACUCUAAUCACAAAACACAGGAGAAUUAAGAAGCUGUCUAGACAUAUAAGACAUGCUCUUUCUUAGCCCCUAGUAUAUUA